UGGUGGCCGUUUAGGGCUGGAUUGGGCCUUUGCGGCCGCCGUCCUUGCCGGUGCACGGUUCUGGUUGUGUUUUUUUAUUAUUAUUAAAGUAAGAGCUGAUGACCCUGAGGGGAAGAGGAACGAGAUGAGUGACAUCCGCCAUUCCCUCCUGCGCCGAGACGCUCUCAGUGCAGCCAAGGAAGUCCUGUACCACUUAGAUAUCUACUUUAGCAGCCAGCUGCAGAACGCCCCGGUGCCGCUGGUGGAGAAAGGGCCCAUCGAGCUGCUAGAAGAAUUUGUGUUUCAGGUUCCGAAAGAUCGCGGCUCUCACCCCAAGCGUCUUAGUGCCAUACAGGAGCUCCAGCUGCUGGAGAUACUAUGCAGCUACUUUCAGGACCAGAACAAGGAGCCAGUGCGGCAAGUUAUCUUCUCUUCACUCUUCAGCCCGCAAGGCAACAAAGCGGAUGACCAGCGGAUGGUACUGCUGGGGAAGCUGACGUCCAUGGCCGUCGCUGUGUGUAAGGUGCCUGUGCUGGAGUGUGCUGCCUCUUGGCUGCAGCGGACCCCGGCAGUGUACUGUGUACGUCUGGCCAAGACACUUGUAGAUGAUUAUUGUGGUCUGGUCCCUGGCUCCAUCCAUACACUCAAACAGAUCUUCAAUGUCAGCCCUCGCUUCUGCUGCCAGUUCAUCACCGCAGUGGCAGCUCUUUAUGAUAUGUCCACAGAGGAGCUGCUUCCCCCUCACGAACUCCUAGAAAUGAUCGUCUCUUGGAUUUUUGAGGACCCUCGACUUAUCCUCAUCACUUUCCUUAACACCCCUAUAACUGCCAACCUUCCUCUUGGCUUCCUGGACUUCUCGCCUCUCAUGGGUCUUAUACGAUGGUGCGUGAUAGCCCCCCUGGCCUACAGGCGCAAGCAGAAAGCGGCGGGAAGCGGACCAAUGACUGAGACUCAGAACCUGUACUCCAAGCUCCACCUGAGCGUGCUACAAGGUCUCAUGGUUCUUCAGACCCACCUGACCGAGAAGAGCCUUUACGGGCGGCUGGGACUUCUCUUAUUUGAGCAGCUCGUGCCUCUCGUGGAUGAGCUGGGACAGCUUUGCGAAGAGCUUAACCCUUUGAACGCUGAGAAGGAAAUGGAGUUGGCCCUGGAUCGGCUGGCGCAAGCCCUGCAAGUGGCCAUGGCUACUGGGGCCUUGCUUUGUGCACGCGAUGACCUGCGGACGCUUUGUGGCCGGCUUCCCCAUAACAACCUCCUGCAACUGGUGAUCUCCGGUCCUGUACAGCCUCCUCCUGCUCACCCCACUUUGACCCAAGGAUUUUACCCUCAUAUUCACACACCGCCCCUGGGCUACCCUGCCAUGCCAGCUCAUGCCCCACUGCCAGCUCAUGCCCCACUACCAGCCCAUUCAGCCCUACCAGGGCACCCUGUACAGACUUUCAUGCCGGGAAUGACCUUCCCUUUUCGACCGAUGCGUUGAGUUAUCCUCUGCUCUAAGGCUGGACUCGCGUUUGCAUUGCGGGGAGCAGAGGGAAGCCGUGUUGUUACCCUGUGCUGAUCCACAGACCCAUAGCGUAGGGACAACAUAAGUAAGGAGGCCAGGCACAAUAUAGUUCAAGUGGUGAUGAACUAUAACCCCACCAUUCUGUACAUGUUGACAUUAGAAGUCCCACGUUCACACAACAGUUUGCACUCCUCUAUGAAUCUGAGUGCCGGUACUGGGGAGGGAACGGAUUCCCUAACGAAUGAGCAUUGCCUUUACUGAGUCCCGUUAUGUGCUGUAUGCAGAGGAAGAUAGUCCCUUCUCCUGGUCUUAUUGGUGGUGAUCCAAGGAAAAAAAAAUAAAAAAAAUCUGUCAUUCAAAGGGUUAACUCAAUUUGGAGCUAAGAUUAAAGCACAACCCCUCUAUUACUGGAUAAAUAAAUUUUUUUUUUUUUUCUUUCUUAUGUGAGUCUUUCUUUAACCAGUUAAAGCCUUCAUGAUUUUCC